AUGGCAAAAUCCAUUCAGAUCGUGGGUAGUCACUUGUUACGAGUGGUAGUGUUGGCACUAUUAGUGCUUAAUAUUGAUCAAGUCUAUGGUGACGUCACUACUGGAUGGGUCAACAUUACAAUCCUUUCAGAUGCUGUCGCUAAAGGAGCAGUUUGCUUAGAUGGUAUCCCGGCAGGUUAUCAUUAUUUCAAAGGAUUUGGAGACGGGAAAAAUAAUUGGAUCAUUUAUCUUCCGGGAGGAGGAUGGUGUAGCUCAACCAGUGAUUGCCUAAAUAGAGUGCGAACUUCACCAAGUACUUCUACCACCACUAACAUCAAUAGCACCUAUUUUGGUGGGAUAAUGAGCUCAAACCAAUCCACAAAUCCAGAUUUCUACAACUGGAAUAUAGUUUACCUACGAUACUGUGAUGGGUCGUCGUUUACGGGAGAUAAAACGAAUCUCCAUUAUAGAGGCUCAAGGAUUUUCAGCGCAGUCGUGGAAGAACUACUAACAAAAGGAUUGCAAAAUGCACAAAAUGUUAUCCUUGCUGGCAACUCGGCUGGAGGACUAGCGACUAUUUUGAACUGCGACCGGUUUAAGGCAAUGGUGCCAAAUUGUGCCAAAACAAAAUGCAUUUCAGAUUCUGGUUUCUUCAUCCUAGCGAAAGAUCUCCCAAAUGCCGAUCACAGAGAAAGUGAAUAUGCUCAAGUUGUUCAACUUCAUGGAGUAGCAAAAUUUCUGCCAGAGUCGUGCACGUCAAGAAUGGACCCGGGUUUGUGUUUUUUCCCUGAAAAUUUGGUUGGAGAUGUUGAGACCCCACUGUUCAUACUAAAUUCUGCUUUUGAUCUGUACCAGAUCACAUUCAAUUUGAAACCUUAUCCUGGGGAUGAGCAAGGCUGGGCGAGUUGCACUAACAACACACAAACCUGCACACCUGGCCAAUUACAACUCAUAAAGGAUUUUAGAAACACAUUCCUGGAGACGGUGAAAAAUACUGGUGAUUGUCCAUCAAGAGGAUUGUUUAUCGACUCAUGCUACAUUCAUGAUCACCUUUGGUCAACUAAAAGAUGGAGCACGCCAAUAUUGAAUAAUAAGACUGUUGCAGAGGGAGUUGGCGAUUGGUUCUUUGAUCGGAGUACCGUCAAAAUGAUUGACACUCAAGUAGACCAGCCAAUAAAUUGUCAUAUAUCAUGAAUGAUGCAAUCGCCAUGCAAUCACAAUAGUAUUUAAAUAAAAUAGGUGGAAUGAUCCAUUUGACAUUUAUACUAUAUGAUAUAUAUAUAUAUAUAAUAUUGGGAUCAUGUGAGAAUGGUAAAUAGUGAAAGAAAUAAGAAUAAAUCUAAGCCAUUGAAUCUAUGAUCCUGAUCAAGUAUAUUAGAC